GGAAUUUGGAACGGUGUCAAAAAUAUUGGUAAAAGAGUAGGUCAGUUCGUUGGUAUUAUACCUAAAGACCCUGAACCAGAAGAACAAGCUCCUGUUAUACAACAGCCUGAACCUGCACCACAGUCAAGUUGGCAACCAAAUCCAACACCUCAACCGUAUUAA